AUGGGGCCGGCGAUUUCGGGCAUUCCGCAGCCAUCCCCCGAGCGCUACGGUGGCUUGGGCCAAUCGAAUUGCCAAUUGGUUGUUCCCAGGAUGCAGCGUGCAUUAGUCUUGCAGAACUACAAGCGUCAGUGUCCCCACAUCUGGAUGUUAAAACAAGUUCUAUGGUCCAAUAUACGGACCCCUGCCGUACUUGCAUGUCACGAACGUGCUGGUCAAUGCAAUGGCGCUGAGCGAUCAUCCACAGGGAGCUAUCCUCCUCCAGAUCUGGAAGUCUUGGAGGCUCAGAACACCUCCAUUUCGAAUGAGAAUCUGGCGUCGAACAAACUUUUUACAAAGCCCAAUCAACCCGUGACAGAGACUACUCUAAGAUCAGUGCCGACGAAGCCAGAUGUCAAGACUGUGAACAUAGUUGAUGCGGGAAAUCAGCCGUCUGCCAAGAAUGUUAAAGAGGCCACAACUAAGAAGAAGUCACAGCUCCCCACGGGCGCCGCUGCACCCAACAACAAUAAUGCACCUUCAAAGACAGAGCCACCCUCGAAGAUAGAGCCAUCUUUGAAGAGGGAGCAAGCUUCAAAAAAAGAGACACCUUCCAAAAAAGGGACACCCUCGAAAGCAGUGCCGCUUUCGGAGACAGAGAUACCUUCGAACACGAAAUCACCUAAAGAUAUCAACGAGCAAGAGAGCGCAGAGGCAAACCCUUCUCCCGAUGAAGAGAAAUCCCAACCUAAGUCGCCGGGCGGCCCGACUGAAAUUCCUCUGACAACUGAUCCUCUAUCAUCCAAACAUUCCGCCCACUCUAGCGACAAACCCUCCCCAGAUACUCAGUCGGAUCAGGGUCAACCACCACCAACGAAACCGAAAAAAUAUCCUUCACCGCCGCCGACUCCCCCUCGCCCUCAAUUGAUCGAGAUUCGCAGUCCUGAGACACAAGAUUUACCGACCCUAUACAGGAGGAGUCUUGGCUAUACCGAUAAUACAAGAAUUACUCGAGACGAUCCGUUGAGGCCCGGGAUAUUCUUAGCCUUCGACGCGAAGAAGCAAAAGCACUAA